UAUUAGCCGUAGGAGGUUGCAUUUGUUAUCGCAUUUUGGUUGCUUGUCCGUUUCGCCGGCUAAUCGUCUCCAUUCUUUAUGUAUCGUGCCGCGGUCAGUCUCAAGCGUAAAUCUGGAGGACCACAAACGUAUGCGAAGCCUAGACCUGUUUUUCCACCGUAUCUCACUGGUAAAGAGAAUCCUUUUGUGGAAAAUAUUGUCGAAGGCGAAGGGGCACCCUCAGAUAUCCAGAUGGAAGAAGUUCCACAAGGUAACGUGUACGAAAGACGCGAGUUUCAUAACGGAAUCAUGCACAUUGACAGGGCAACCCGUCUAAUUUUGUCGAAGAUGCAUCGCCAAGAGUUUAACGAAGCGGUCUACUACGAGUUUAUCAGAUCCGAUAUCGUACUACGCGCUAAAGUCACUUACGACAGUUUGAAUCGCAUGGUAGGAUUGGACAUCCACUCGCUAAUAUUGCUAAUCGCAUGA